GGCCAUCGGAGCCGCGCGCCCGCGGGUUCAUUCAUAAGGAAGAGGCGGGAGCGACGGGGCCGCCCCGGGGGGAGCCCGGGGGCUCCGCGGCGGGGACAGGUCCCCCUGGGUGAUGAAGAGGAGUGGGAUGCACUGGUGGCUUGUCACUGUCCUGGGGGCCGGCGGCGAGCCCGCAGCCCCGAGAUGCCGGGCCGGGCUCCGGGAGCCAACGGGACACGCGUGACCCUGCUGGGUGAGCAGGAGGAGGAGGCGGCAGCGGCGCAGGCAGCCGUGCUGACCAUCGUGCCGGUCUUCUGUGCCAUGGGGCUGCUGGGGAUCCUGGUCUGCAACCUGCUGAAGAAGAGGGGUUAUCACUGCACCGCCAGCAAGGAGCCCCAGCCCGGUGGCACCGGUGCCAGCUCCAUCUACCAGCUGGAGGAUGCCAACGAGGACACCAUCGGGGUGCUGGUGCGGCUGAUCACCGAGAAGAAAGAAAACGCAGCGGCGCUGGAGGAGCUGCUGAAGGAGCACCAGAGGCAGCAGCUGGUGCCACCGAGCUGUGCCCCCCUCAAUAAGCUGCACCUCCUGCCUCAGUUUCCCCCAGCCUGCCAGCACCAGCAGCACCCGCACACGGUGCAGGGGCCGGCCCCGUGCGCCCGCUGCGACCAGAAGUGGCCCCAGCUGCUGCCAUCCCUCGGUGCCACCAAAGUCCCCAAAGCCGCGGCUCCUCCCAGCGAGGUGACCAUCCUCUCCAUCGGCAGGUUUCGGGUGUCCCGGAUCCCGGAGCUGCGGGGCGAGGCAGGGGGGGAGCCCCUCCGUGGUCCCCUCCCCGCCGGCAGCGGGAUGUGACCCAGCAUGGAGCAGCGCCAAGGGCCCCUCGAGCAGGCACCUGGCCUGGGGGCUGCCUCGGGGGUCAGUGACAGCCACGAGGACCCCGUGGAGGGGGUGAGGACAGCGGGCAUUGUGUGAAAGCCAGUCCAGCUCAGGGCUGCCAAGUGCUGGAGGUGGCAGCGCAGCUUCCUGCCACCAAGGUGUGCAAGAGCAGCACAGCAAACCCAGCGUCUCGCUCGGCUGGUGAGAGGAUCCUCUGUCCCCGAGGCCUGAGGGUGGCCACGGCGUGGUGGCCUCAUUGAUUGGAACUCCAGGAGCUGCGAUGCCAGCGGUGGUGGCCACGGGAAUCGUCAUCUCUGGGAACCACGAUGCCACAGCACAGCUCCACUGGGAGCAGAGGGCACUGGAUGCCAUUUCAUGGUCACCCUCUGGCUCUGCUGAACUCUGCAGGACCAUCAGGAACUCCUGAUUUCCCUCCAUCACCUGGUGCCAGCGCUCAGGAUAAUGGAUCACUGGAUCACAGAAUGAUUCCCCCUUCCCAACAGCCCAGCUGGGGCACGGAUUGCUCUGGGCAAAGCUGGUCUCCUGCAUCCAUCCAUCCAUCCAUCCAUCCAUCCAUCCAUCCAUCCUCUCUCCAAAGCCUCAGCUCACCAUGCAGAUGACACAUUUCACUUCCCAUAAGAAUUGCUUCUAUGGGAUCACGCUGGCUUGGCCGUGUUGGGAUCACUGGGAUAACCCACCCAAGGUUGGAUUGGAGACCAUCAGCCCCAACCACCAACCCCAAAAAAGGGUUUGUGGCCGGUCCCAUUCACCUCCCCACGACAUCACCGUGCCAAAAAACCAACCACCAAACCCUCUGGGGCUCUUUUAUUUAUUUAUUUAAUUUUUUUUGGAAACAUUUUAAUAGUUAUCGAAUGUUCUACAUCUUACAGUAAAUAUCGUACAGUUACAAACUCUUGGCUGAAAUCUGUCAGGGAGAUCACGACCUGAUCUUCAGAACCAAAACCAGAACAGAAAACAAACGGGAAAACAACCCCAAAUUUACACUUCAGAUGGACAAACUGAGGCUGUGGGGCUCUCCAGGGCAUCAGUCCAAGGCCAUGUUCCCUACACACCUGUGAGAUGUAGACUUGGAAGACGUGGUUACUCUUGGGUUUAAAUUUUUUGUUGUUGUUGUUCUUUCAGGGAAUUUUUUUUGGUAUUUAUUUUUAUUUAAGAGGUCCAAUAAUACUUAAAAACGAGCUGGUCUGGUGGUCAAAAUCAAUUUAAAAUUAAUUACACAGAAAGAGGGGUGGGAGCCUGGUGUGGGUCGAGGCCGUGUUGUGGGAAUGGGAGGGGUUGGGUGGAUUCCUGCACCUUGCCAUGCUUCCCUACAAACCCCUCCCCUGAUCCUGAACCCCUCUUCCCCCUGGAAAAUUCCAUCUCCCAGCUCCAUCUCUUGCAGGAGGAUGCAGGGAGGCUGCAGGUGGCCAUGUUGCAUCAAGAUUAUUCCCUACAAGCAGCACAACCGAGCGCUUCCAAACGGGAAUCGCUCCUGUCAAACCACAGAUUUUGCUGUUCCUGCCCUGCAAACAUUCCCACAAGUUCUUUUACCUGAUUGCCAGAGAAUCUCCAAGUGCCGUGGUGCAACAUGCCACAGAAAUGCCUUUUCCAAGGAUUUCCUCCCUCCCAAGCUCCGUCACAGGCUUUAUUUUCCUUUUUUUUUCCCCCUAAGGGAAUGCUAACACACAGCAGAGAAAAUAUUUGGAGGCUGAUCCUGGCUCAGGAGCAAAGCAAAGGGAAGAUGGGCAGAGGGUCACCACAGUUGGAGGGCCUGAAAGUAUUGGCAAUUAAGAAAAAAAAACCCAAACCAAAAACACCUGGAUUUAUGGGUAUCCAGCAGCUCUUAUUGCUAUUGUUGGCUGGUUGGAUUUUACCAAAAAUAAAGCCUCAAAUGUUAUUUUUUUCCAUCCUGCUCAAAAAACCAGGAUCCCAUUUCAUGCCCUCCAGCUGGGAACCACAUCAUCCCCACAUUCCCAGAGGGGAUGGCAAAGAGUCAGGGGGGUCUCUCUGGGAAGGACCAGAUUCAGUGGGAUGCUGGUGGCUGGAGGAAAACCUGAUGCUCUGAACACCUCUCAUUAAAACAAACCCCUUAAAUAACAUUUCCUGGGAAUUGCAUCCCAAAACUGCAACAAUGCUGAACGGAGUGAUUUAUUAUUCAUAAAAUGCAGUAGCAAAUCCUUGCCUGGAGGGUUCAGCCACUUGGAGGCAUGAUGGCCUCAGGCUCCAAGGGGCUGCUGGGCUUUGGGGGUCACCAUCACCACUGAAAUCCCAUUUCCUCCCCACAUCUCACCUCGCAGCAGCUUGUGUUUUGAAGUAAAGGUAAGGUCUGGGAUGGGUUAAUGGUUCAGAGUUAUUUUUCCUUCCUCUUUAGCUGGAAUUUUAAUCUCAGACACUUCAGUGGCUGCUAAGGAUGCUUUAACCCCUCACUGCUGCCCGGUGUGAUCCUUCACUGUGGAAAACCCUUUUCCUUAACCAACAUCAGCAAAGCUUUGCUGGAAUGAAAUAUUUGAGCAAAGGAAUUAAAACCCAACUGCCCCGUGUCAGGGCUCAUCAGUGGGAACACUGGGUGACCCACCAUGCUCCACUCCUGGGGCUUUCUCCCGCACCUUUAAAGUUUCUUUUCCUUCCAGGAGAAAGCCCAACAUCUCCUUUCCACACACGGGCCAGAAUUUUAGGAGUGGUUCCUAAGGUGGUGCAGGGUGUCUGGGGCAGUGGUGGGAUGGUGUCUGCUGGGACAGGGACCCCAAAGCUCACUGGACCCCCCAAACCAAAGUGCCUUUACAUUGGGAGGCCUGACUCAAUGCUGACAGACAGCUCCUGGUGUGUAACACAAAGUCAGCAUGAGAGGGGGGAAAAGGGAUCUCAGAAGUCUUCAGUUCUUAGGCUCUGGGGAUUUUUUGGCCCAGGUUUAACUGCAACGUGCUACAAACAGUGCAAGGAUGAUGUGUUGGUGUUAUUUCCCAAGGUCCUGCUGCUCUUUACUAAUCCUUGGCUUUGCCAAGCCAAAUGGGGAACCCGCUGCCUAUUUGCUCUUUUUUUUCCUUCUCCUUUCCCUCAAUACCAGCCCAAAGUGCAGCCCAAGGGUGCCCCUUCCCCACCCCACAGCAAAUCUCCCCCCACUUUGUUCCUCCUGAGGCUGAGGAGGGCAACCAGAGCUUUGCUCUAGAUUUCCUUUAAAACCAGCAGAAUCAACCAAAUGACCCCCAAACAGAAGUGCCAACACCCAACUGACAAACCUCCUGGGACCAGCCAGUGGGAGGGAAAGUCCUCCUGGGAUCCCUAGGCUUGUUACUCCCCACCUGGCCCACGCUCCAGGGAAGGAGCUCCAGGAGCACAGGCCAAGCUGGGAGACUCCGCCGAGAGCACAGAACACUUUUGGCA